AACAACGACAUACAGGCGGAAGGGCACAGGUGAUUGGCAGAGACACGGAGAAAAGUGAAGUGGUUAUAGAGGGCAUGGGUGUCAGUUGGAGGUGGAGAGUUCAAAAGGGAAGAAUAUGAGGAACUCGAGCAGGAGAAAAGAUCUAAGAGUUCCGGGAGACUUAAAAGAGAAAUAAAGCAGGGCGAGGACUGAGGAACUCAAGGUGAGAAGGAAUAUAAAGAGAGGACAAUAAAGACUUUACAAUACACAGGAUGCUUAAACCAUACUAAACAAAUAGGUCUAGGGAAUACCUACCAGAAGGACUCUUGUGAACUUCAGAGAAACACCAUGAAGACCACCAUGACCAGAUUGCAAACUGGCUCUCUGCUUUGAUGGUGAGAAGCUAAAGGAGAAAGAAAUGGGUCCUCCAACUCCAACAAGAAACGAGACAGGUUCCCUGGACCUUCAUCAUAGAUAACUGCCCACGUGACGUGACUCCAUUACCUGGGAUUUGUCAUUCGUUUUUAUCUCACUUGAUGAUAUGGAAUGGGGAAACGUUACUCUGAAGUGUUUACCUUGUCCCGUGGUUAAUGGUGGACGUCAGUAGAAGAUAGAACCCUUGGGGAGCAUCUUUGACACUCAUUAUCUGUGGGAUUUCUUUCUUCUGGAUCUUCGGUUUAGUUUUGGACCUUCUUCACUUCUUAUGGAGAUCCGGGAUUAACAUGAUAGAAUCAAUUUGUUUUCACAUAUUACCCAGGAGCCUUUGCAGCGAUACAUUUUUAUCCCAAACCGAAGGACCUCCCUGUAAGAAGAUUGUCCCUUUUCUGUUUGGAAAUUCACUUGUAAACAGAACUUACCCUGAGGCUUCCCGGCACAUAGGUUAUAGCUACUGUCAUUGCCCGGUGGACAUUGGCUACAAUUAGAACCUAGACCAUGGAACUCAGAACAUCUAUAGACUGUAAGAGUCGCUCAAAGCCAGGUUUAUCAUAUUCCAUAGAAGAAAUUCUAAAGAAACCUUCCCGUAAGACUUUUUCCAACAAGUCUUCCUUAGAUUAUUGUCAUACAGAGGAAUUAUUAGCAACACGCCUGGCAACGGCAGCUGAGCUUGAUGCAGGUUCCCGUUUGUCGGUUCCAGAGGAAGAAGCAGACGUUGCACUCAGAGCUGCGGCCCCCACACUGGUUCAUUAUAGGAGAAUAAGGGGUAACGUUCCUGGGUCGGACCCCCAGAUGAUGAACCCUAUAAAUGGCUUUGAAGCUGAACACCAUGACGGGGAGGAUGAGCUGAGCGACUCGGCACAAGAAAGCUCCACUUGUGACCGGAAGAACAAGAGAAGAAUCAGAACCACCUUCACCCUGGCACAGCUGCAGGAACUGGAGCAGAUAUUCCAGGUUACUCACUACCCCGACGUGCAGACACGAGACCAGCUGGCUGCCAAAAUCCAACUCCCAGAGGCCCGAGUACAGAUUUGGUUUCAAAACCGAAGGGCGAAAUGGAGGAAAUAUGAAAAACUGGGCAAUUUCGGGGGGCUUCAGCAUCUUACGGCGGUGGAUAUGGUCCCUGCCCCAAAGCCAGACUGCACGGACUUUAGUCUGCAGCCGAGCAAGUUACAUGAUGUGGACCUGCCCCAUUUAUAUUACCCUUUCCAAGGACACCUACCUUCAGCAUAUGGACCAAGUAUGACACCUCUAAAUGCAACGGCUCCACUGCCCUUUCCUGUAUGGAUGCCCCCAUACUACUCUCCACUCCUGCAAAGAAUCCAUCCCAGCAGCCCCCUCGCCUCCCCGACUUAAUAUCCCAUCUAGCUUGAGACCCCCUGGGUCUACUUUGCACAUAGCCUCCAAUAUUAUCUGUACUUUGAGCAACAGAUAGGAGUUUUUUUUCCCACUGGUGAAGAAAAAUAUGGCAUUGAGCUUCUCCUCCCCAUCGUAGCAACGACAGAAUGAAAAGUCGCCCAAGAACAACCAUAAAUAACUGUUGCCAGAAAGAACGGUUCCAGUUCCUGAUCAUUUAUUUAUGACCCCCCCCUUCCUGCACAAAGUCGUAGUAAAUGAAGUGAAAAAUAUGAAAAGAUGUGCCAACCUUCCCCUGGCGCUCAGGGGGCAGUUAAGAAGAUAAGUGGUGCCGCUCACUGUACGGAUUGUUUUUCUCAAAAGACUUAGAGCAAAGAGCUCAAUGUACGUGGAGAAAAUUGAUGGAGAGCAAGGAGUGCCUCGGGGGAAUAGACUUUCAAGAUAUAAUAAAGAAAAGCAUUCAUUGGUUAUGGUUAAUUGCCGGAAGGGUUUCCAUUGGAUCACUUUGCGUUGUGGGGUUUUAUUCAUGUCAUAGAGAUUGGGGAGAUGGAGGGGGUCCAUGUAUAUUCUUGUUCUGGUUUGGAACAAA